UUUACGUCACAGCUCCAAACCAAAACAUCUGUUGGCUGCAGCAGCCUGUAGCUAAGGUGUUAGCCGCGGAGCUAAACGACGUGAAAACGGCGUCUUUUUAAUGUAACAGCAGUUUCUCAGGAUUCUUCUCCUCCUCGCGGUCAAGGUGUUCUUCAAACAGCGGCUCCAGUUUCUGUCCUGCCUGUUGGAUCUGAGCGUCAGGAUAGGGAAGCGGAGCGAGGAGGCAGCUGCCGGCGGCGCAGCGAGCCUGGUGGACAAAAUGUCCGAGAGUCCGGAGAAGAGCGCGUCGGUGUCGGCUCAGGAGCUGAAGGAGCAGGGGAACCGCCUCUUCCUGAACCGCAAGUACCUGGAGGCCGCCGCCUGCUACAGCAAAGCCAUCACCCACAGUCCCUCGGUGCCGGCGUACUACACCAACAGAGCUCUGUGCUACGUGAAGCUGCAGCAGUACGACAAAGCUCUGGGCGACUGCAGACACGCUCUGGAGCUGGACAGCCAGUCGGUCAAAGCUCAUUUCUUCAUGGGUCAGUGUCACCUGGAGAUGGAGAACUACGACGAAGCCAUCGGCAACCUGCAGAAAGCGUAUAAUCUGGCCAAAGAGCAGCGUCUGAACUUCGGCGACGACAUCCCCAGCGCUCUGCGGAUCGCGAAGAAGAAACGCUGGAACAGCAUGGAGGAGAGGAGGAUCAACCAGGAGAGCGAGCUGCACGCCUACCUCACCAAACUCAUCCUCGCCGAGAAAAAGAGAGAGCUGGACGGCUGCAGACAGAAACAGGAGGACAAGUCCGACGACAGCAGAACUCAACACAACCUCAACGAGAUCCACACAAAACAUGACAAGUACCUGUCAGACAUGGAGGAGCUGUUCUGUCAGGUAGACGAGAAGAGGAAGAAGCGAGAGAUCCCAGACUUCCUGUGCGGAAAGAUCAGCUUCGAGUUGAUGAGGGAGCCGUGCAUCACGCCGAGCGGCGUCACGUACGACCGCAAAGACAUCGAGGAGCAUCUGCAGCGAGUCGGACAUUUUGACCCGGUGACUCGGACUCCGCUGACCCAGGAUCAGCUGAUCCCCAACCUGGCCAUGAAGGAAGUAAUUGAUGCUUUUAUUUUGGAGAAUGGAUGGGUGGAGGAUUACUGAGUGUUCAGAGAGGUCGUCGCUCUGUCUCUGCUUUAACCUAAAUUUGUCCAGAACAAAUCGUGCGUCUGAUUCAAUCCGACAUCAAACCUGCAGCUUAUUGAUCAGCUGGAAAUCAGCAAACAGCCAAAGAGCUAAUUCUACUGUAAAACACUUUAUUUUACUGGGCUGUGAUUUCUGAAGAGUUUCCUGGAGAGAAAAUAAAAGUCAGAGUUUUCAGUCAGUGCAGUAAACUCUAAUCCACUCUGAUCAGUUAGAGUCUGACAGGAAAACAUGUCAGUGUAUAUAACAAAUAAAGUUUUCAGUAAUAAAUGAAACUGAAUUCAAAAGAAGUAAAACCUGCAGCACCACUAGAAUAAAGAAC